GCCAUGGCGAAUAAACAAGGACAAUAUUGGACGCACAGUUUAUCUGCAGGUGAAUAUCCAGAAUAUCAGUGGAACGAAAGCCACGUUCAACCGGGCAUUCAACCUUAUCUUCCUCAGUUCAUGUUUCCACCACCGCAGGCAUCACAGUUCAGCCAUGAAACAGUCAGAUCAGUAUCACCUCAGCCUGGUCCAAGUUUUUCUUCUUUGGAAACAGCUGCAGCCACGUUCAGUCAGUCGCGUGAAGGCACCGAAGGCGAAUCGAGAGCUCUUGUACGCUGGUCUAGAGCUGAUGUGCUGUUGUUAAUUUCCUGCUAUGUCGAACGCAGAGAACGAUUUAAAGAUAUAAACAAAAAGAACAAGUCCCUGUGGGAAGAAAUCAGCGAAGAAUUAAAGAAGAACGGAGUGUUCUUUAAUGCCAAGGCGUGUGAGACGAAAUUGAAAAAUCUGAAGAGAAGUUAUGUUGCUUGUGUUGAUCACAACAAAGUCAGCGGAAAUGACCGAAAGAAAUGCAACUUCUAUGACGAACUUCACGAAAUAUUUUCGAAAGAUGAUGCCAUCGCUCCAAAAACAUUGUGCAGCAACAUUGAUGGUAAACGGAGCAAAGAUGCAGUCAAGAGUGUUAAAAAUUCCAGUUCCACAUUGAGUUCCACAGGUAGUGACACAGAGGAGCCUGUGGUUACAAAAGCAAAGAAAAAGAAGUUACCAGAGCGGAAGAAAAGAGAAGACCUCGUUGGGCUCUUUAAGGAAUUUACACAAGACAGGAAAGAGGAAGAAAAGGAAAAGAUUAAAAAGUUUGAAAAUAUGCACAAUGAACGCAUGGCACUCAUCGGCCGAUUUUUGAAUGUUUUUGAAAAAUCAUUGAACAAAGAGUAACCUUGAUUCCAUAAUUUUUUAUUGUGUUGCAGAACAUGGGAUUAUUUGACCACAAACAUGAACAUAGAUACAGUAAACCUGAGUUUGUUGUCAGUAUUGAGUUAUCUAAAAGUUUAUUAUAUCAUACAUGUUAACAGUAUUAUUGCAAGUUGUAUGUUUUUUUUUAUCACAUACAUACAAGGAACUACAACAGCAACAUUAGGUGAGAGGGCCUAACUAAACUGGUUUUGAUAUUAUUUAUAUCCUUUACUUUUUUUAGCCUGAUUCUCAGAUGCUUCAGAUCACUUGUGUCACGCACUUCCUCCUUUCUGUGCGUGACACAAGCAACCUGGACUGUCAGAGUAUUAGGCUGUUACAUUUGUGUUGAAAGUUUACAUUUCAAGCAACACCAUAAAUGUUUC